AUGAAGCCCACCUCCUUAGCCGACGGCCACGGAAGCAUCUACAAAGAAGUCCGCUUCUCUCCGACCGAAACCCGCGUCCGUCGCACGAAAUCCGUCUCGGCGACUUUCCCUCCUGUCAUUUCAGGCUACGGCCGGACCGCAUCCCAAGACUCGGCACUGGUGAAUCCGUGCCCCAUGGAUACAUCCUUCAUCGACGAAUGGCGAGCCCUGCUCCAGAACCAACGACUGAAUUUCGAGACGGAGAGGGCAUUGUUCGCGCAGGAGCGAUGUUUAUGGGAGAAGGAGCGAGCGCUAUUGCAAUCGAAAAUCGCCGAGCUAGAGAGCUUUGUGAAGAAGAAUCAAGGGAAGAGAUCAGUUCAAUUGGGAUCGGAAGCUGCGAGACUGGUCCUGGAAUCAUCGCAGUUUAACACAAAUGGCCUAACAGCGCAAGUGUGGGAGGGGCCAAGUCCAGGAACCCGACCAACAAGGGUCUUCUUUGAUCAUGAUUCCCCAGACCAAAGCUACCUGUCGCCGACCUCGGAAAGUGGGCUAAAUCCGCCCUCCCUUGAUCAGGCCCUUUCGCCGCAUGCGCAACUAGUAGACCCUUCUGGAGCGCCUGUGAGUCUGCCGGUGCCGAUCGAAAAGCUAGACAGCACCCUGGACGGUAUCACGCUCAAGUCAACGGCAUUGCCACCUGGCGUGGUAGCUCGAGUGAUCACCCCGCCCUCCCCGUCGCCCCUGGUAACCUCCCCUGGAAACGCCCCUUCGACGGCUGCAAGGCCCACCAUGGAACAUCGAAACAGUCUCAAGCUGAAGCUGUCAGAGCUCGGCCCGCCCAAUGAGAGAUUGCUCCGCGAUGCAGGGCACACCCCGAUGGCCAUCAUCGAGGGUGACGAUAGCCGACGCUCCACUAAGGAUGGGUCUCCCAUGGAGGAGCCUCUUUCUCUGACCGAGGACGCUCCUUUCGCGCCCGUGGCAACCAACGCCCAACAACCAGCGGAGAAUAAUAUCUCCUACUUCCCGGAUGUGCCUGAAGAUCCCGCUCUCAAGGGGCCCCUGGGGCUCAUUAAUGACGAGGAGCACGACUCCAAUUUCUUGCAGGAACUGGAUCAGAAACUCCUCGAUCAGGCGAAAAACGUCCUGGGCGGCUCGGGUGAAUCAGCAGACCCUAACGCUAGUGACUCAGAGUCUGAAUUCCCUGAUCAAGGCGAGACGGAGCCUGAAUUCAAGUUCAAGAAAUCGUCUAAUUUUGGGUCUGCAUUUGGAGAAUCUAAUAUUGGCCAAAUCUAA